AUGGGCAUCCAGGAUGGCAGGGCAGAAGCAGCAGGCGGCAGGCUUGGCGGCUGGAGGGGCAAGCUGAGGGCUCAGGUUUUGAACCACAAGCAGGAGCAGAGAGCCCACUGGGAGUUGUGUGAUGCUUUGAUACCUCAAAGCCUGUUUUCCAGUGCCAUACUUCCUCCAGGAGGCCAUGUCUCUGAAAUAGCCCCAACAGCGCCACCAACUGGAGAUCAGGAAGGAUUCGUCCGUGUUGACCGGGAUUAUGUGCUGAAGUCUGCAGAGCUGGCAAGAGCAGGCGGGUGCAAACAUUUCAAUCUGCUGUCCUCCAAGGGGGCGGAUAAGUCCAGCAGUUUCUUAUACCUACGAGUAAAGGGAGAAGUGGAAGCCAAGGUCGAAGAAUUAAAGUUUGAUCGCUUCUCAGUGUUCCGGCCGGGAGUCCUGCUGUGUGACAGGCAAGAGUCUCGUCCAGGCGAAUGGCUGGUUAGGAAAUUCUUCGGCUCUCUGCCGGAAUCCUGGGCCAGUGGGCACUCUGUGCCUGUUGUGACCGUGGUUAGAGCGAUGUUGAACAACCUGGUGAGUCCCAGCAGUGGACAAAUGGAACUUCUGGAAAAUAAGGCCAUCAUCCACCUGGGGAAAGACAGUAACGGGCCCAAGCUGUGACCGUAUGGGAGGACGGCUUGUUCUCAAACCUCAGUGCCUGUCACCGGAAUCAGUCUUGUUGGGGGUCUAUAAAACGUCUCUCUGUAGUCCUUUGUGGUGUCCCUGCAGCUCCAUCAGGAAACCCCAGUGCUCUGCUCCAGCUGUUGAUGUUGUACUGACUGUCCAUGUAAGUCACCCAGGGAGCUGUGGAAGGACAGGCCUGUAUCAUAGCCCUUGUGGAGUUUGUGGGUUGGGGACUGGGAUCUGUGGUUUUGACUUCCCUGUCCUCUGGUUGGGAGACCGGCUUUAAAGCUCUCUGAGAGAGAAGCCUGAGCACUGGGCAGCGGGGCCCUAGCCCUCCAGGCAGGCGAGUGCCCGUGAAGCUUGCUGACUGUCUAGUCUUUGAGCCGCACGGUGCUGCUCGGCUACACGGAGCUGAGUGCACCCUGCGCCUUUACUGCACGUCAGUGCAGGAGAUGUAAAGCAAGCUUCUGUGAUUCAUCGAGGAAUAAAAAGAAAUGGCCGAACCCUGA